UAUUCCUAAGACCAGAAUCGUAGGUUCUACUAAAUAAUCAUGUCGAAGUUACUUUUACUACUCGCGUGUUUAGUGACACUGGCAGCUUCCAAGUCUUCUAUUUUCUUUGAUAUAGAAGAUGCUAUGGAACAUUUCGAGAACUUCAUAAGAGAACAUGGCAAAGAAUAUUCAAGUGAUGAGGAGAAGGCAAAAAGAUUCGAAAUAUUUAAAGAAAACUUGCGCAGAGCUAACGAACUCAAUCAACAGAGUGAGCACACUGAAUUCGGAAUAACACAAUUCUCGGAUUUAACUCAUGAUGAAUUUAUUGAUUCGCUAACCGGUUUGCGUUCAAACAUGACUGUUGGGACAAGCUUGUGCACGAAGAUCACCGAUGAGGACGUGCCAAACGUCUUAAUUCCUGAACCUUUUGACUGGCGACUGUAUGACAUCGUCACAAGGUUAAAGAAUCAGGCACAAUGUGGAUCUUGUUUUGCUUUUAGUGCUACUGGAAAUAUCGAGAGUCAAUACGCAAAGAAGCAUGGAUCAAAGGUGGUAUUGUCUGAACAACAAAUUCUUGACUGUGAUAAAGGGUCCUAUGGUUGUGAGGGUGGAAUCGUGACAUCAGCUUUUAGUUCUAUUAUCCAGAUGGGUGGUAUUGAAAUGGAUUCCAGCUAUCCGUAUGAGGCGCGGCAACAAUCCUGCCGUUUCAAUCCUCAACGGCCUGUAGUUAAGCUUACUGGUUGCUAUCAGUAUAGCCUUAGAUCGCAAAAGAAAUUGCAGCAAGCACUCUACACAUUUGGACCUAUAUCUAUUGGUGUCAAGUCUGAGAACUUCCAUUGGUAUAAAGGCGGUGUGAUGAGAGAUGAGUUGUGCGAUGCUGGACAAAUUAAUCAUGGUAUCUUAUUAGUGGGAUACGGAGUAGAAAAUGGUGUGCCAUACUGGCUGGCCAAGAAUUCAUGGGGCGAAACAUUUGGUGAACAAGGCUACAUCAAGUUCGAGCGUGGAGAUGGCCGCGACUCUUGCGGACUUAUGAAUGACUUAAUGGCUUCAGCCAUAGUCCAAUAAAUAUCUAUAUGUGAAGAUUUAUGCUCAAACGGGGCGUAUCGUUUCUUGCGUCACCACAGAAUAAAAUAAUAAUAAUUUUCUCAUGUAACUUCCUAGUUCGACUUGCAUUGUAUAAUUUUCUCGGAGUCAACCUACAGUGAAGUCAAAUAUUGUAAUCACUUCUUUUUGAAAAGAGUGUCUAUUGAGUGUAUUGCCAGUUCUUCUCCAUAAGACCCACUCCUUGGAAUCGUGCACCUAGCUAUAGGUCUUUUUGAAAUACAAACCUUGAUUAUAUGUUACUUUAUAUGAAAUAAAAAUUGAUUUGAGUAAUAGAAGAA